AUGGAGGAUAACGAGGCCAACGGUGUUGACUUCACCAGGGAGCGUUUUUCGCACGUGCCGAGGGACCCCAUGCGCGAUGGUUUACAUCACACUACGACGACGACGACGACGACAACGACCCAUCCCGUCGAGCAGAUCCAAAACCAUUCGCACCCGUACGUGCUCUCUCAAACGAAGAAAAACCACCUCGCGCACAUCUACGGCAUCGCCUUACCGGCACAAAUGGACAUCGAACGACAAAUAUUACAAAACGUGGAACGAUUACCGAACAAUCAAACGGUGAAAAGCAAACGAUUCGGGUUGGAGAUUUUAAGCGGGAACGUCGAUCGGAUCGGAUUCGAGGACUAUUUAGGGCAGAUGGAGUUCCAACCGGAAGCGAGGACGAGACAGACGACGCACGAAGUCAUGGAACAAAGGUUAGGAUUAGGGUUAAAUGGACCGAAAGGCAAAUAG